AUGCCGCCAAAGCGCACUGCCACGACGUCGCCCGACGCAGAGCCCGCGCCGAAGAAGGCAGUGGCAAACAGCAGUGCAAGCACGAAGCCAUCGUCGUCGUCGACCAAGGCAGCCAAGUCCAAGCCCGCGUCGAAGCCCUCCUCGACCAAGGUGGCGAAGAAGACCGCCACGUCGUCCACCACCACAACGAACCACCCCGCCGCGCCCGCCGCCACCCCGGGGGACAAGCAAGCGUGGACGCGCGCCGAGCUGCGAUACCUCUUCGAAACGCUGCAGCCCAAGCGCGUCGGCGUCAACUGGGCCGACGUGGCGGCCGGCAUGCCGGGGCGUCCGCGCACCGUCAAGAGCUGCCAGAACAAGUGGGCGCGUAUGCAGGGCAAGAUCCUGGCGGCGGUCAAGGACCUCGGCGGGGAGUAG